CUUCGAGACUAAGAUAUCACAAAAUGGCAUCUCAUCAACGCCAACCCGGCCGCCCCUCGGGUGCUGCCUCUGCAUCGGCCACCCUCCCGCCCUACCAACAGCCAUCGCAUCCUCUCUCCAUGAGCGCACAACAGGCCCUCACCACCCUCUCCAACACCGUUUCCCUCGCCAAGUUGAAAGCCCACUAUGCCAAGAUCGAAACCUUGAUUCCGAAAGGUGCUGGCGAGGUGAACGACGUUCUAUAUACGCGACAGGAGCAAGCAACACAGCGAAAAGCGCGUCGCGCAAGGAAAGGAUUGGAGGAGGAGGGCACAGAUGAAGAGUUGGAAGAAACAAAGGAAACUAUCGAAGGCAUGACGAGAAAGAUGGAGGCGGCUAUGCGCAAGGCCAUUGAUGGGAGGGUCAUUGUGGAAGAUAUAGAGGAGGGUGUUCAGUACCUGAGGCAGAAUGCGCUGCGGCUGACACAGGCUGAGAGCCAGACUCAACUAACUCAAAGGAGCCAGCAAAGGCGAAAGGGUAGGAGGAGCGGGAAGGUGGAAGGAUCCGGAGAAGACGACGAGGAUGAGGAAAUGGCGGAUGACGAAGAGUAUGAUAGCCCGGGUCCAACGCCGCUGAAUAUGGAGGGCAUCGAGAUCACUGGGCCAAGCAAGAUGUUCAAGAACAGGCUACAGGAGAAGAAGGACAAGUGGCAAGUGGCAUCGCAUUCAGCACGCUACGCCGAGAACAACUCAUACAUCGGAUUCCGUCAGAUUGUUCAUGACGCUCAGCACCCAGGUGGAGACAUACUCCUCCCACAUGCCUCUACCUGGUUCACCGAGAGGGGAGAACCUGCACUUGGGGUCACAGUAGGUGCUACUGCUGGAGAAGACGAUGACGACGAUGUUAUGAUCGCGAAAGACACCAUCAGCACAAAGUGCCCGCUCACUUUGAGGGAGUUCAAGGACCCUGUGUCUAGCCGCAAAUGCCCACACAGCUUUGAGAAGGAAGCAAUCAUGGGGAUGAUCAAUGGUAGUGGUGCAAGAUUGGGUACAGGACAGAAGGUGGUCCAAUGCCCAGUGUCUGGAUGCGACAAGAUGCUAUGUGCUGCAGACCUGAAGGUCAAUCCCGUUCUUCUCCGCGUAAUCGAACGCCUACGGAAAGCAAAAGAUCAAGCAUCGGAUGAUGAGGAUGAUGUUGACGCGACCGACCGACCUUCAGGCUCCUCAAUGCAACGUGCCGAUACAAAUCUGGCAUCAAGGGCUAGGAGUAGGAUGCCUGAGCAAGAACCGCCACAGAGUUCCAUUGUGUUGGAUCUCGGAGGAAGUGAUGAUAGUGAUGAGACGGAGGAGGAAUGA